AUGUUCAUUCAAGGAACUACAUUUGCUUUAUCAUUUAUUCGUGAUUUACGUAAUUUAACUGUUAUUUAUAAGCCAAAUGCAUUUAUUUAUCAUAUUUGUCAAACAUCACAUCAUAUUAAUUUCAAACGUAUACGUUGGCAUUAUGAAUCUUUAUAUGAUUCAACAAAUGAUACGGAUAUAUAUUGUAAACGUUUAUUUAAUAAUUCCGAUUGUUUCGAUUUUUAUUAUGGUACAUCAACAAGUGUACUUGUCAUUAAAGAACCUGAUAUGUAUGUUGGAAAAUAUGCAUGUCAUGUUAAUAUAAAUUCAACAUAUGAAAUAACAUCAUCAGGUUAUAUUGAUGUUAAAUUACCAUUAAAUGAUAUGAAUGAUAACGAUGAAACAAUGGGAAUGUAUAAUGAAAAAGAAUUAGGUAAAUUAGCUAUACAAUAUAAUGUACCAUUUAUUCUUGAUGAAAAUGAUUUAACAUCAUUUGGUAAACGAGUACAAAUAGGUGGUUCAUUUUUAACAAAAUGUCAAUCUGUACAAAGUUCAGAUCCAAUACAUUUUCUAUGGAUACAUUUAAAAAAUUCAUCUAAUAUUGAACAAUCUGAAAGGAUAAAAGCAAUACGUUUUAUUCAAAAUAAUGAUAUAAGAAUUACAAUACAAGAAAAUAAAUAUUCAAGUUCCUUAUUCAUCUAUCCUGUUGAACUUGCCGAUGAUGGUGAUUAUGUCUGUAUAGCUUCAAAUGCUAUUGGUCGAUCAUUUUCUAGUAGACGUUCAUUGAUUGUUACAGAGCGCAUGAUAUUUCCUCGUAUACGGGAUAAUCUUCUUAAUCAUAGCCAAUUUGACCUUCAAAAUGAUGGAAUAAAAGAACUUGUUUGCAUAGCGGAUGGCUAUCCUGAAGCUGAUGUUAUUUGGAUUCGAGAUAAUCAAACAAAACCAUUAUUAAGCUAUAGUGAUAUUCAAAGUCAUAGUGUUUUAUUACGAUGGCGUGUAUCAAAUGGACGUUAUGAUCGUUUUAAUCAUUUUAUUAUUUAUUAUCGUCGUUUACAUAAUAUUGAUGAUAAUAAUAAAGAAGAAAAUGAGAUUAUUAAUGUGCAAGAUUAUAAACAAGUGCUUAUUGAUCCACGUACAACACGUUAUAGUUUUACAUUUCGAAUGAUUGAUUUAAUUCCAUAUACAAAAUAUGAAUUUCGAAUAAAAGGUUUUAUUGGUGCUACACCAUCAGCUUAUUCAAAUUCAAUUAUUAUUAAAACAUUGGAAACUAUACCAGAAAAAAUUGAUUAUCUUCAUGGUUAUGUUUGGAAUGAAACAUCUAUAGUCGUUCAUUGGACACCGCCUAAUUCUACUAAUGGACCUAAUUUUCAUUACAUCCUCUAUUAUACAACAAAUACAUCGAUACCAUUUGAUAAAUGGUCUCAUCAAACUGUUCGAACAUAUCCAUUUCAUAUAUUACAACUUUCAAUAUUGGAAAUUCCUCUUCUUUUUAUUCGUAUUGCUAGUGUUAAUGCUAAAGGUUCAAUAUUAAGUGAUUUUCAUAUAAUUAAUCGUAGUUUAACACAUCGUCAUUUAAUAUCAACUAUAGAUAAAUUUCAAUGUUCAUCUGAUGAUAUUAAUCAAUUAUUUUCUAUUCAAUGGACUAUUGAUUAUGAAUCACGUUUUUAUAUAAAUAAAUAUAUCUUAUAUUAUCUUGAUAUAACAGAAAAUAAUGAUGAUUUAGUACGACAACUAAUAAUACCAAUUAAUUUUCUAUCGAUUCAUAAACAACAAUCUUAUGAUUUAUAUAAAUAUGAAUUUAAUAGUUCAUCAUUUAAUUUAAAUUAUAAUUCACAUCAUGUAUUAAGAUUACAUUUAGCUAUUAUUGAUCAAAAUCAAAAUCAUUUAUCAAUGACGCAACCAGCUAUUUAUUGCACUCUAACAAGAAAAUAUGGUAGGAUAUGCUAA